AUGGAUGUUGCUCCUAUCACAGGAGGAAUCCACUCCAAACGAAUGGACCCAGCUGUUCACUUGAACGAGGAGUGCAUGGUUCAAGUCUUUAGCUUUGUUGGCGGACGAUUGGCAUCUGGCGUGGCUUCGAGCAUUGCUAUCGAUGGAGGCAGUACAAGUGAAGAGACAGAAACCACAGAAGAGAGCGUUGGACUAUGUAUCUCUGAGGCAUUUUCCUGCUAUGAGCUGCUAGCAAGUGUUUCCUGGGGAUGGAAAGCCAUUGUGGACAAGCACAGUCGACACCUCUAUUCAGAUUUAUGUGUUAACUUUGAAGCUAUUCCGAUAGAGCACUUGGAAUUCUUUACUGAUUGGACCUGCCUACACAAAUUCCGCGUCAAGAGCAUCCUAUGUUAUUCCGGCGACUGUCAAAAGGCGGCGACUCGAAUAUUGAGAGAUUGUGACACAUCCAAAUUGACUCUGGCGUCCAUUGUGAUUCCAGCGAAUGAAUCAGCAGCUACGACAGAUAAGGAAGACUCUCCAUCCAAUGAGGGACAACAACAUCUCAUGCUUCAAGAAGCGCUUGCACAGGAAUGUCCAGAGCUAGAAACCCUAUGCUUCCAGCUUGUUGUGAAUCAAAAUGAUUUGGGAUCGGACUUUAUGAACCCAGCUCUGUUCGCUCUUCCAUCCAUCACGAGCCUUGUUGUUUCCGUGUCAACCGACUGCUGUGUGUUGGACGAUGAAAUGAUUUUUUCUCGCCUGAUCCAAGGCUUCCCCAAUCUGCAAAAGCUAGAGCUGGAAUCCAAUCAAGAAUCCUUUUGUGAACGCAGCAAUCCAGUCAUUUUUCACAUUGCCUCUACAACGCUGGAACACCUCUACGUGCCAAGUCUCUGCACUGAAUUUGUCUACUUGUCAUUGGAUUGCCCAAGCCUGCAACUCUUCAUCUGUGCCGGAGAUGCCACGCCCGAGGAUCGCAAUAUCUUGAGAUUGAAACAAACCGUCCUCUCGGCCGAAAGUGUGACCGAAUCUUGUCUCGGGGCGAUUCGUCAGGAAGAUUCCGAUGAACAGCAGUUGGAGUGCUUUGAGUUUCGCAAAUUGCUGGGUUGA